UGUGAUCUCUGGCCGAAGCGAUAUGCUGAGCGCAGUAGCGGCAGGACAUUCCAUACCUCAGUUGGCUCUGACAGAGUCAGCAACACCUCAGUCUAUGGUUUUCCCGUUGAAUAUUGAAGAUGUAGACGGAGAAGACGCUGUCUUUACCAAAAAGCCACGAAUAAGUCGUCGAGCUCCACCAUCUUUGUGUUUAUUUUAUUCGACACCAAUUGUAAAAUACUGGCUUUCUUUGAUCUUUCGACUACUGCACAUAGCUUUAUUAGCGUAUUCAGUUUUAUUGCCCGGAUGUGGAAAUCUAACCCUCGAUGCUAUUGUAUGGAUGUGGACAUUUAUAGCGUGGAUUGAAGCCGUUUGGGUGCUGAACAUGCGGAAUCAUUAUACGCCACUUUCAUUGAUGCCAUGGAGGAUGCUCUCAAACGUCUACCCCAUUCGAGUAUUCUCUGCGUUCUUUCUUCUUUAUUGGUGCUAUGCGACAAUAUUCUUCUACAUUCCAUUGUCAGAAUUAUUUGGUCCAAUUGUCGUCAGGGUCAAACUGAUGAUACUCAGAGAUUUUACAAAUUUUCUUAUUUUAGUCGCUUUGGUAAUGUCAAGGUAGGU